AGUAUAUUAUAAACAAGUUGAACGAUCUCCCAACGUUCACUUGAUUUGAUAAAUAUGAGUUUUACUCCUAAUUUGCCACCAACUAUUUUGGCCCAAAUGGCCAAAAAAGAGGAGGAUGAGGAUGGUGAGGCUGAACAAGGUAAAAAGAAGAGUAGAGAGGAAUACAAAAAACUAAAAGAGUUAGAAGAAGCAAGAAAAGCUGGAACUGCACCGGCUAUGAAAGAUGAAGAAGGAAAGGAUAUCAAUCCUCAUAUUCCUCAAUAUAUUAUGCAAGCACCUUGGUAUUUUGGCUCAACAACACCAACUCUUAAACAUCAACGUGGAAAGGAAGAAUCUGAAUCAAGAUAUAGUGCAAUUAGUGAGUGGUACAAAAAAGGUGUAAGAAAGGGUGCUGUGGCAACAAAAUAUAGAAAGGGAGCUUGUGCAAAUUGUGGUGCCAUGUCUCACAAAAAAAAGGAUUGCUUAGAAAGACCGCGUAAAAUUGGUGCAAAAUUUACAUCUGAUGAUAUUGCUCCUGACGAAUUUUCUCAACCAAAUUUGAAACUAGACUAUGAAGGAAAAAGAGACAGGUGGAAUGGCUAUGAUCCUCUGAUGCACAAAAAAGUCAUCGAAGACUUUGCAGCUCUUGAAGAAGCGAAAAAACAGAUAAAGGAGCAGAAUUUCGAUGAAGAAGCUGAAAAAAAGGAUGCUGAAGAAGAUGCUGAUCAAGACGAGGAUAAAUAUGCUGAUGACAUGGACAUGCCUGGGCAAAAAUUUGAAACUAAGCAAAGAAUUACUGUGAGAAAUUUACGUAUCAGAGAAGACACAGCAAAAUACCUUUUUAAUUUGGAUGUGAACUCUGCUUAUUAUGAUCCAAAAACUCGCUCUAUGCGUGGAAAUCCCUUAAAAGAAACAGGCAAGGAGGGCACAAUUCCUUUUGCAGGGGAUAAUUUUGUACGAUGGUCUGGAGAUGCUCAAAAAAUGGCUGAACGUCAAAUGUUCGCUUGGGAAGCAUAUGAAAAAGGAACCGAUGUUAAUCUGCAAGCAGAUCCUACGAAAUUGGAGAUGUUGAAUAGAGAAUAUAAAAGAAAGAAGGAAGAAUUUCAGGGAAAUAAGCAACAAUCAAUAUUGGAAAAGUAUGGUGGAGAGGAGCAUCUAAAUGCUCCUCAAAAGGAAUUAUUGUUAGCUCAAACUGAACAUUAUGUAGAGUAUUCUAAGAAAGGAGAAUUAAUCAAGGGUGAGGAAAAGCCUAAGGCUAAAAGUAGAUAUGCCGAGGAUAUUUAUGAAAAUAAUCACACCUCAAUAUGGGGGUCAUUCUGGAAAAAUGGAGGUUGGGGAUACGCCUGUUGUAAUUCGCAAUUUCGUCAAGGUUAUUGUACGGGUAAUGCAGGAAAAGAGGCUAAUGAAGCAGCAAUUAAAUUGUUGGCUAUUCAGGAAAAACAGAUGGAGGAGCAAUCGCUGAAGAAAGUUGAAGAAAAGAGUAAACCAGAGGCUAAGGCAUCAAAGAAAAAACAAACCAAGAAACAACAAAAGAAAAAGAAUAGGCGUUCAUCAUCAUCAUCAUCAUCAUCAUCUUCUUCAUCAUCAUCGUCAUCAUCGUCGUCGAGUGAUAGCUCUGCCGAUGAGAGCGAAGGGGAAGACAUUAGAAAAGAAAAGCGUAUUCAAGAGCUUAUAAAGAGAGAAGAAAAACGUCAGAGAGAAGUUGAUAGCUUGUUAAAAAUGGACGAGAGAAAGAGACCCUACAACUCUAUGUACGAAGCUCAUGAACCGACCGAAGAAGAGAUGGAAGCCUACCGCCGCAAAAGACUACGAGAUGAUGAUCCUAUGGCUAAAUUUCUAAAUAAGUAAUCCAUUGUACUAAACGUCAUUCAAAUUCUAUUAGAGAACUCUCUUGAUUGUACGAUGAAUGUCAAAUUUUUACUUUGGAACUGAAAUCUAUUGUAGGUGAUGCAUUAUGGCAAAGAGUUAUUAAAAGAAGAAAUUUUUAAAAACUUGUUGCUUUAAAAUUUGACUGUUUAAAAGUGUAUAUAAUGGUGUAAAUAAUACAGCACUUAAACAUGGUUAUGUUUAACAUUUGUUCGGAUGAAAAAGAAAUUAUUGAAUUACGUCUAAAUGUAUCUCAUCACCGUCUAGUAAAUCAAAUCUACUCAUUGCAUGAAACAUUCGAACUCGCCUUGAAAUAUAAUAUUAAAAUUAAGCGCAAGUUGACAUUUGAUAAUUGGACUUACUUAAUUGGAACGUUAAGAAUAUUGUUCGAGACAUAAAUUCUGAGCUUACCAAGGGGUUUAGCUACAGAAAAUGAACUUGUAUGCUUAAGUUUUCCACCACAAAAGAACUUUAAAUUAGCGUUUGUGCAGUAAUUCUUUUUUAGAUCCACCACAUCUUUCUCUUUUGGAGGCUGUUCUCCUUAAAAAUGAGAAAUUGAAAUAUUAUUAAGUAUAGAACAGCUAAAGUUUCAAUUAUAGUACACAAACCAUAUACUUUCAAUAAUUCGAAAUAACGAUUUGGUUUUACAGAUUUAUCAUAAAAAUAUGAAAGAAAAUACAAUUCAGCAUUUUUUCUUUCUUCUGAAGAGAUAGUGCUACGAUUUAGAGUAUCAAUAUUUGGUAUCCUUUUAGGGAAUAAUUAGAAUAUUCAACAACAUAAAAAUCUUUGUUAAAGUAAAUUACAUUGCUAUAAGAAGAUUUCUCUGACAUUGUUCUGUCAUCUCGUCAAAGCUGGAUAAUAUUGUAAUCCUUCAAGAUCUUCCCAAUUUGCAAUGGCUAAUGAAUUUAGGUUUAUAGAUUCAAGAAAAUUGAAUUUCUUUCUUUCUUCUUUUUGAUUUUGCUCAUCUUGUGCAUCUUCAAGCCAGACGACGGACGUAAUUGGAUUGUUUGAGAUCAGUAAAAAAUCUAUCUGGAGGUUGUUCAAUUUCCAAACUUCUUUCCAGCUGCAAAAGUUAGCGUUCGUGACAAUGGUUCAUCUUAAUGUGAAGGAAGAUAUCUCACUCAGAAAUUGAAUUAUCAUACAA